AAACCAAGUUUAACCAGCUAACCUGCUGCUGCUGCACGGCUGCUUCUUACUGCUGCCGUCUCCAGAGAUCACUCGCCUGAUUCAUCACAACAAAACCAGGUGAUUGGCUGAGGCGUGUCUGUAACCGUGUCAGCAUGGCAGGUUCCAGUGGUGAAAUGAUGCACAUGGUGAUAGUUGGAAUUUUACUGGGAGUGGCGUGUCCAGGCCGUGGUGCCAUUCAGAGACCUGACUAUGACGAGACCUCCACCCCAGAGUUCCUCAACCCCUCCUGGAUGGCGGAUAUCCCCGAGAACCAGACUCUUUCUGAGGUUUCUAUGCCAGGAACCCACAACUCCAUGGCCCUGUAUGGCGGCUCUCUCGCUCAGUGCAACUCCUGGCCCCUGGCAAGACAACUGCAGGCUGGCAUUCGCUUCCUUGAUAUACGCGUGCGUCACAUUCGGGGCAACCUCACCAUCCAUCACGGCAUCUCCUACCAGUGGGCACACUUUGGUGAAGCGCUGGAGGACAUAGCAGCUUUUCUGAAGCAGCACCCCUCUGAGACAGUGCUGAUGAGGCUGAGAGAAGAGCUGAGCGAGACCAGUGAUAUCUACGGGGCAGUGGUGCGCUACGUGCACCAGUAUGCCCACUGGGAUCUGCUCUGGCACAGCCGGCUGGUGCCAACUAUGGGGGAGGCAAGAGGGAAGCUGAUUGUGCUGCAAGACUUCUCUGGACCUGACCUGGGCAUGCGCUACCGGUCACUGGACAUCGCUGACUACUGGAAGGUGCCCUCCCUCCAGCCUGAGGAAGUGGAGAAGAAAUGGAAGAACGUCUACACUCACCUGGAGGAAGCUGUGCUGGGCAACAAGGCACAAAUGUUCCUCACAUAUGCCAGCGGUGCCAGCUUUUGGGCACACCCCAACGCCCUAGCCAAGCGCAUUAACCCACGCCUGUACGAGUACAUAAGUGCCCGCGCCGGCCAGAAGAAGAGAUACGGCAUCAUCACCAUGGAUUUCCCUGGAGCAAUGCUAGUGAAAACCAUCAUUGAUUUCAACUGAGAAGAACGAAAAAUUGAAUUUAUUGAACAAUACUGAAAAUACAUUAAAUAUUCUAUUAGAAAGCUUUGUAAAUGUGUCCAAUCAAAAUGUCUCAAAAAUGUCUCCUGCAAAGUUGCUCUUUUGGGGAUACAGUGGCUUGCAAAAGUAUUCAUGCCUCUUUGAACUCUUUUACAUUUUGUCACCUUACAACAACAAACUUAUAAGAGAACACCUUGGUGUAGCAAAACAUGAUAAAAAGUACUUACCUUUAAUGAAUAGCACACCUCGGACUAGGUGACACUGGGCAUAAUUUGCCCCAAUAAAUCGCUUUUUCCACUGUUAUUCAGGCUCAAAGUAGCUCCACACCUUUUUGGUAGAAUCCCGAGAGCCCUGACAUUUAAAACAAGGCAUUCAUAACUUAAAAAGUGCACAAUAAGCUUAUUAAAAACAACUGUUUACAUCCUAUAACGUGAGCUUCAGCUACGAGCGCCACCAUUACUCCUGGCGCCGGCUGCUAUGCUAUUUAAUAAGCUUCUUGUGCACUUUUUAAGUUAUUAAUGCCUAAUUUUAAAUGUCAGGGCUCUUCAGAUUCUAGCAAGGUGGUGUGGAGUUACUUUGAGCUGGAUAACAGUGGAAAAGCGAUUUAUCGGGGCAAAUUCUGCUCUGUGGCACCCAGUCUGAAUGGUGUUUUGACAAACUGUUACAAUUUCUGGAUCUCGAGAACGCUAAGGGAGAACGGAGGUGUGCUACUCAUCAAAGGUAAGUUUUUAUCAUGUUUUACUAAACCAAAAGUCCAUUUUACACUGUAUGUUUUUGAAAUGUAUCCUCACUGUGAAACAUGGUGGUGGCAGCAUCAUGCUGUAGAGAUGCUUUUCUUCAGCAGGGACAGAGAAGCUGGACAGAGUUAAUGGGAAGAUGGAUGGAGCUAAAUACCUACAGGUAAAUCCUGGAAGAAAAGCUGUUGAAGGCAACAAAAGACUUGAGCCUGGGAGAAAGAUUCACCUUCCAGCAAGACAAUGACCCUAAACAUACUGUCAGAGCUACAGUGGUAUGAGUUAGAGCAAAAAAUGUUCAUGUGUUAAAAUGGCCCAGUCUUAAAUCGCAUUGAGCAUCUGUGGCAAGACAUGAAAAUUGCUGCUCAAAGAUGCUCUCCAUCCAACCUGGCUGAGCUUGAGCUGUUUUAUAAAGAAGAAUGGGGUCUAUUACUUAAAAUCUCAAGAAAAUACAUUUAAGUUUGUGGUUGUAAGGUGACAAAAUACUAAACACUAUACAUGUUUUUCACUGGACAGUGACAGUGAUAUGCUUUAAUGCCCCAUGUCAUAAUGUCAUAACUUUGCUGUGGUUAAUUGUAUAUUGUUAUACUGUAUGUGUGUAGAUUGUAAUGGUAUAUGCAGGAUUUACAUUUUCGAUGCUGUGAAGAUGAAUUCAUUUGCACAGUAUUAAAAUGCUAAUCCUCACAGAGUCAGAUUAUGGAUUUGUUAUGGAUUCAUGAUUGCAUAUGGGUUAUUCAAUAGCAAAUUAAAUACUCUAGAGAGAUAAGAAGUGGAAGUUUAUUAUAGAGAAAAGCAGGCACAAAAUAAUUUGGGAUAAAUACAUUUUUAGGUGUUUAAACAGAUUUAAAUAGAACAUGCUAUUGGUACUCUUCUCAUUUUAUCACAAUUAAGAAUUUUGACAGAAAUCAAAUAUAUUUAUACAUUUAUCAGUGUUGUACAGUCAAUCACAGGUAUCGUAAAAUAAUACGAUUCAAAAAUAAGAUGCUAGAAUCAACAUAAUGAUGAAAAAUACCCCAAUAUAUUAUAUAUUAUCUCCCUCUUGAAGGCUGCAUCCUACUAUCUUAAUGAACACAAACAAAUUACAAUUCAGCCUCCAGACCAUGGGGUUUAGUUUUAACAUGUCAUCAACUGACUGAAUACAACCUAUAGACAUCAACAGUGGUUCAGACGUUUAUUGCUAUCUUGGCAGUAAAUUGCCAACACAGGCUCAUCCCCAACAGACGUACACUCUGCUUGUUAUGCACACAUGGAAAUGCAGCAGCACACAAAUUCAUAGCGUGUGCCUGUUGGCAGCUAUGCAAACUUUUUCACAUCACUCUCUGUUCAAUCUCUGUUGAGAAGCAUUGGACAGAUCCAGGUAGCUGCGCCACUAAAACAGACAUCCCAAGUUGCAAAAGUUGAUUUCAGGGAGGUUGUCCUACCAACCAAGUGAAACACUAAUUGGAUUAUUGCACAUUAUGGACAAAACACACCCAUGAUUAAUUAAGAGGACUAGUACAUUCCUUUUGGAUGUUUUGAGCUGCACAGAUCGUAAAAUAGGGACCUUAAAGGAGAAAUGCAGUGUGAAAUGAACUUGGAGUGUAGUGAAAUGUGAUAACGAGUACAAAAUUUUGUUAAAUAUCCCAUACCGAAAUACAGCACUUUUAGCCGAUGCUCCCAACAAUACUAGAGAUAGGGGCAUAGUGUUGCUCAUGCCAAGAAAUCACUAUUUUUACACCAUUAACAAACUUUACAAGUAGCUCCACACUUUAUUGGUAGAAUUCUGAGGGCCUUGAAUGAGGUACUGAGAACUUUGAAAGUGCAUAUGGAAUAGGGGAAAAGUUUGCAAAAUGAAUUCCUUAAAAAAUAAAUUAAUAUUACAGAGAUAUUUUUUGACAAAUGUGAGGUCAGCCACUGCCUCUUUUCAAACUGCUGCUGAUGCAGCAUUGCCGAGUAGCAUCACAGCGCGCUCAGAGAAAAGCGCAGCAGCUCAGUUCCGAUACAUCAGCUCACAGACGCCUUGUGCUGCUCUGUCAGGGCUCCGGUAGCUGAGGCAAGCUACAUGACCGGGAUUCUUUCGAUCAUAGUGGCAGCACUUUAGACUGCUGGACCACUUGAAGCCCUCCAUUUAAUUUUAAUAUAGGAAUUCACCUUUAAUAAAACUGUCAGAUUUGCUGUGGUGUUCACAGUUUAAUAAAAG